AUCGGACUACUAUCCGCUAGGACCAUCUACUUGCGCUUCGAUAACGCGGCUUGUAAAAAACUCCUCGUCAAACGCACUUCGAGGAUUAUUCUUUUGUUUAUUUAUACAACCCUUCAACUUCAAGUUAUAAAAAUAUUCGGAUCUCGUGCGAAAGCGAUAUUCUCAGAUUUGCGGUACACCGAUGAAUCGUGUUCGCAAGGCCUCGAAUGCUUUCCCGCUACAAUGUUACGCAUCAACGAAAAAUCCAAUAUCUCCGGAUUAUCAACAUUCCAGAGUGUUGACACCUCUGUCAGAGUGCUCUGCUUUACCAUUACUAUAACAUCCUCGUCUCUCUCUCAGACGCGGACUACUCGUAAUUCUUUCUCUGUUUCUCGUUUUUGAAUGCCGCGUAGUGUCAACUAGAAUGCAUGAAUAGGUUUCAUGUUCCCAGUGGUUUUUGAUAUUUAGGGAUGUAGAGUGAACAUUCUUCUUUACAAAUUUUGAGGUGAAGUGCUCUUAAAUAUUGCUUGAAAUGCUUUUUAAGAACAUUUGAAUGAAAGCACACAUGUUGCACAUUGGUUUUCCUUUUAAAAUUGUUGCUAGAUCUUACUUUAUUCAUUCUUUAAUGUUGCACAUAUAAAACACAAAAGGUAUCAAUGAGAAAAUAGGAAAAUGAGUUCUCUACAGCAAGGUAGCAGAUUCUUGCCAUUUUCAAAUAAUAAUAUACAAAGGAAGCAAUUGUCGAUGCAAGGUGGUCUUCCACAAAGUUUAAGUGGCAGUGAAACUGAUGUUUCGACAUCUAACGAGAAUUUAACCAAUGAAGAUCGAUACGUUAUAAGGCAUACAGCACGUCAAGAGCCUCAGGGUCAAGAAAAUCAACAACAAAGUCCGUCUAGAUCUUCCAGUCAUAAGGAAAACAUACCAAAUAUACAAGGUAACCUGCUCAACAGAAACAGCUUGAAGGAUAGUUUAAACGGAUCAAACAGAAACAGUCUGAAAGAGAACUUGAAUGGCUCUAAUCGAAAUAGCCUCAAAGAUAGUAUCAAUGGCUCUAAUAGGAAUAGUUUGAAAGACAAUUUAAGUAAUCGUACCAGUGUGGGCUCAAAUAGAAGUAGCUUAGAUGUGUCUACGAGCUCGUACAACACACUCAUUAUACAUAAUGCUAACGAUGACAGUUCAUGGAUACCAUCUGGAAGAUUGUCAGGUGUGGUGAGAGAACAUGGAGAUGUGGGUUAUUUAUAUUGUGAUGGUAGUGGAAAAGGACAUUCGAAUAGUCCUACCAUGCAAUCUUUAUCAAAUCUAUCUCACGAAGAUCAUGUUUAUGAACAACCUAAUAAUGGAGGAUGUCAAGAAAUUACAGAUAUCCCAGACGAUUACCUUAGUCAGUCACAGGUAUUAAAACAUCUUGCUAAAGAGGUUAAAGUACCAUCGUAUAGUAAGUUGACAAAUAAUGGAGGAAAUAUCGAUAUGAGAGUGAGAGAUGGCGAUAGAGGAAAACAAAAUGACAGUGAAUCCGAAGAUAGACCACCACCGUCAUACAUGUCUGUUUUGUUGCCAUUAAAAAAUAAGUCCAGACUCCUUGGUCCAAUGGAGAAAUUAACGUUAUCAAGAUCACAACCUGACUUAUCCAGAAUUGGCAAACCCGAUAUCGAUAACUACAAUUUACGAGCUACUUCCCCACGACCACAAACGAAAGGUAGGGAGGAAACAGAAUCUGCAGCUGGUGAAAUUUGGCCACCAUCAGAAAUGAUUCAAAUCGUGAUUCAAGAGAACAGUGCCUUAAAAUUAGAAUUAGAACGGUGUUAUAGCAAAGUUGCUAAAUCGCAAAAGUUGGAACAAGAAAUAGCAAAGGUGCAUAGGGCUCACGAAGAAUUGGCGGCAUCGAGCGAACGAAGAGAAAAAUUGGAACGAGCUGCCAGAUUAAGGCUGCAAAACGACUGCAGACGGUUGACCGAAUUAAAUCGAGCAUUGAGAGAUCAAAUAGAUCUAUUAUCAGCGCGUACCGAUAGUCCACCAAUUGUGGAAUCUAUGAGAAAGGAAUUGACUCAACGGGAAUUGUUAAUUGGACAAUUGAUUACACAAAACAAAGAAUUAGCCGCAGCGAAAGAAAGACAAGAAAUCGAACUAGCAGCGCAACGAGCGACAUUACAAGAACAACGUACGCACAUAGACAUUUUAGACACUGCUCUCACUAAUGCGCAGGGGAACGUCGUGCGUCUUGAAGAAGAGUGUCGUAAGAAACAAGUAUACGUAGAAAGAGUGGGCCAACUUCAACGAGCUCUGUCUUCUCUUCAAGCGUCCAGUGACAGAAGAGAAGAGACAGAACGACAGUUGAGAGGUCAAUUAGAACGAGAAUUAAGAGAAGGUGGCGGUGGCGGAGGCGGGGGUGGUGUCAAUGGUAAUGAACAAUCGUCCAAUGGAGAAACGAUCGCAGAAUUGAAACGAAGAAUACGCGAAAGAGACGAAAAAAUUAUGUCACUCGAGGGCGAUGUUGCGAAAUGGGAACAACGUUAUCUCGAAGAGAGCGCGUUGAGACAGGCUGCAAUUGACGCAGCUAGUCUACCAAAGGAUGCGAAGAUAGCUGCGUUAGAAAAAACGAGCCAAGAUGCCGAGAAACUAAUUGCUGAAGCACGCUCCGAGAAAAUGCGACAUAUGGACGAGGUGCAUGCUGCACAGAAAAAAUUGGCUGAUCUUGAAUCUAGGAUGAAAGAUCUAGAAUCAAAAUUAGCCGAAAGGGAUGCAAUGAUCAGAGUUCUUCAGAAGCAUACAUACGACAAAGAUAGUAGCAGCAGUAGCGGUGUAGGUAGCUACCCUGCUGCUCACUCGUCUCAUUCAAGUACGUCAGCGGAUCAUCAUACCGCAUUAACAACCACGCCAGAACUCGUGAGCAGUGUAUUAGGAGGAGGCAGUGGUUAUGGAAGUACCGGCUCGUAUGGUGUCACCGACAGCUACAAAUACAGGAAGCAGGGCAGUUUCGAACAGACGAAUAAAAGUCUCGACGAUCAGUUAAAAGAACUAGAUUCCCAGCUACUUAGUAAGCGGGCACUUUGCUGUUUUCCAGGAUUCUCUAAUCCAGGCACUGCGUCGCGAAAAGGAAAAAUACCCAAGCCAUUAUUGGCGGGUGUAGAUAGUACAGGUACCUCGAGCACUGCCUCGAGCAAGAGUCGCCUGCUGGACGAUUCCGGAGGCGAGGUGUCGCCAGGUAUCAUGGAGUUCUCGAGUGCAUCCUCCCGGCUGAAGGGUACCGUGUCGAGACUGUCGGACGGUAAGCCGGAGGACAUGAUGCUGCUGGAGAAGCAGGGAAGAAGCUCGCAGAGGCAAAGGAUGCAGGAGGGAGAGCCACGCCGUGCAGGUAGUCUUCCGCCCAGCUCGUUACCGCGGCCGCCGAAGAACCUGAAGACGACAGGCUCCCGUUACUGUCGUCUGAGCGACACGGAGACCCGCAAGAAGUCGGACCCGGGUCCAGCUCUGGAUACCGCGGCGAGCAUCAAGGUACCCAGCAACUGCACCAUCGACUACGGCAGAUUUGACACGAAGACCCAGCGUCGAAAGAAGUCGUCCGGCUCGGAGCCGUUGGUUGCCAGCUCGCUGAAGAAGCCUACAGCUGGCCACGAGUACGAGCGUCUGCAGGCGGAGAACGUCCGCAAGAAACAACCGUCCGGCUCGGAGACGAAGCUCAGGGAGACCCAGAGCCGUUCGCUGAUUCCGCCGCCGUCUCGUCGUAUCGGGGAGUACGGUCGUCUCAGCGAGGGCACCCUGAGGAAGCAGACAGGCUCUCGCGGGCAGAGCACCGGAAGCACCGUCAGCAGCAAGAGCGGAGGACGCGACUCAGGAGGAACCGCCAGCAGCGAAGCGUCCACCUCCUCGUUGCCGCCUUCGAAAGCGAGAUCAAUACCGCGUCCUAGCAAUUAUCGCAUCCAGUUUUAAUUUUCGCCACGAACGGGGUUGUUAGUCUUCCCGGUUUUAAAGCGUUCCUCGAAGCGACGAUCUUCCGAAGGAAAGAUAUACUACUGUUUUCCGUAUCUUAUCUUCCACGCGUAGGGAUUGAAUCGUUUGUUCUUUCUUUUUUAUGCAUACUGUGCGUCACAAGAUGAACUCUGGUGGAGCAACCUUGUUUUUCGAUCUGACUGUCACAGCUGGAACCAAUUUGAGGAAUGUUCGCUAAAGCUGCAACUUUAUUAUUGUUUGACCGGGGCUCAUGUUGUGACGCGCGAACUAUACUUGUUCUAUCGUUAUUUAGUUUCUCUUCCGGGUUAUGCUCAACGCUACAACGUUGUUCCGAGGUGGAUCUUGGAGAAACAGGGCAGGAUAGCGUGAAACGCUUGCGAGCGAUGAACGAUGCAAGAUCUAUAGUGAGGGGAUCAGCUUCGAGCGCGUUUGCUUUAUUUUUUUGAUAGUUCGAUAGAGUCCUAAUGUACAAUCUCAGGCAAUUUAGGUUUGCCUUAGUUUAAGGGGAGGUUAGGAGAGGAAUAUGUUGAGUUCUUAGAUUAUCUCUAGGUUCUCAGGUUUUGCCUAGGUUCUUCCAAAAUUGAAACUACAUGAUGAGACUUUUCAUAUAACCUUUUCAGCAACGAAUAUUUUAUUAGUUAUUUAAAAUGGAAGUCUGAAUAAGAUGUAUAGGGUGUGCUAAUAAAAGAUAUACCUUUUAAGUAUGUAUAUAAGAUGAUAGUAAACUUGAUAAGAAAAAAAUGGUAGUAAACAUUAUUAAACAUACUAAAAUGGUAAAUAUAGU